UUCCACGUCACCCCCCGAGCGGCGACCGGAGCCCCGAGAGAGAGAGAGAGAGAGAGAGACACCGACAGCGCAGCGCAGCCCCGGGGUUUGACCGGAGCAGGUACAGCCCUCCCCGAUCCCCGGCUGUCUGAGUUUACUUGCUUGCUGACUUUAGUACCAGACUGGCAUCAUGACGGCUGCAGAGAAUGUGUGUUACACCCUCAUCAAUGUUUCAUUGGACUCGGAGCCACCGAAUGAAGUUACACUCAAAAUGGACUUGGAAAAGGGAGACGUAAAGAUAAAGACUGAUGCCCUGAAGAAGGUUAUCAUUAUGAUUCUGAACGGGGAGAAGCUUCCUGGACUCUUGAUGACCAUCAUUCGAUUUGUGUUGCCGCUGCAGGAUCACACCAUCAAAAAACUGCUGCUUGUCUUCUGGGAGAUCGUCCCUAAGACCACCCCAGAUGGGAAGUUGCUGCAGGAAAUGAUUCUGGUGUGCGACGCUUACAGAAAGGACCUACAACACCCGAAUGAGUUUAUUCGAGGGUCCACACUGCGCUUUUUGUGUAAACUGAAGGAGCCAGAGCUGUUAGAGCCACUAAUGCCAGCCAUUCGUGGCUGCCUGGAACAUCGGCAUAGUUAUGUACGCAGAAACGCCGUGCUGGCUAUCUACACUAUCUACAGGAACUUCGAGCACCUUAUCCCUGAUGCUCCUGAGCUGAUUCAUGAUUUCCUGGUCAAUGAGAAGGAUGCAAGCUGCAAACGCAAUGCUUUCAUGAUGUUAAUUCAUGCAGAUCAGGACCGAGCAUUGGAUUACCUGAGUACAUGUAUUGACCAGGUUCAUACCUUUGGAGACAUUUUGCAGUUGGUUAUCGUUGAGCUGAUUUAUAAGGUCUGCCACGCCAAUCCGACAGAGAGAGCCCGCUUUAUCCGAUGCAUCUACAAUCUGCUGCAGUCUUCAAGCCCUGCAGUAAAAUAUGAAGCUGCUGGUACUUUGGUUACACUCUCAAGUGCUCCCACAGCCAUCAAGGCUGCUGCUCAGUGUUACAUUGACUUGAUCAUCAAAGAGAGUGAUAACAAUGUGAAGCUGAUUGUUCUUGAUCGCCUGAUCGAGUUAAAGGAGCACCCUACCCACGAGCGAGUCCUGCAGGAUUUAGUGAUGGAUAUCCUGCGAGUCCUGACCACUCCAGAUUUGGAAGUACGUAAAAAGACCUUGCAGUUAGCUCUGGACCUCGUCUCUUCCCGCAACGUUGAAGAGCUUGUGAUUGUGCUAAAAAAGGAAGUCAUCAAAACUAACAAUGUGUCUGAACACGAAGACACCGACAAAUACAGACAACUUCUUGUCAGAACAUUGCACUCCUGCAGCGUCCGGUUUCCAGACAUGGCUGGUAGUGUUAUUCCAGUGCUGAUGGAAUUCCUCAGUGACAGUAAUGAGGCAGCCUCUGCUGACGUGCUGGAGUUUGUGCGAGAAGCUAUUCAAAGGUUCGAAAGCCUUCGGAUGGUCAUCAUCGAGAAGAUGCUGGAGGUCUUUCACGCCAUCAAAUCUGUCAAGAUAUACCGUGGAGCUCUCUGGAUUCUAGGAGAGUACUGCAGCACAAAGGAUGAUAUUCAGAGUGUAAUGACUGAGAUCCGUCGAUCCUUGGGUGAGAUCCCAAUUGUGGAAUCUGAGAUCAAGAAAGAAACUGGUGAGAUGAAGAUGGAGGAUGAUGUACAGGUGAUUCCAACACAAAAGCUGGUGACCGAGAUGGGGACCUAUGCGACUCAGAGUGCACUUAGCUCGCGUCCUUCCAAAAAGGAAGAAGACAGACCACCUCUGCGGGGAUUCCUUCUGGAUGGGGAUUUCUUUGUGGCCGGUGCCCUGGCUACAACCUUGACCAAGAUAGCUCUGCGUUACGUUUUAAUAGUGCAAGACAAGAAGAAACAGAAUUCCUUUGUUGCAGAGGCUAUGCUGAUCAUGGCCACCAUUCUGCACCUCGGUAAAUCAUCACUCCCAAAGAAACCAAUCACCGACGAUGACGUGGAUCGUAUCUCGCUGUGCCUGAAAGUUCUUUCGGAAUGCUCCCCCCUGAUGAACGAUAUUUUUAAUAAGGAGUGCAGGAAAUCGCUGUCUCAAAUGCUGUCAGCCAAAAUGGAAGAGGAAAAGCUCUCUCAGAAGAAAGAGUCGGAGAAGAGAAAUAUGACUGUACAGCCAGACGAUCCCAUAUCCUUCAUGCAGCUCAUGGCUAAGAAUGAGAUGUCUUCCAAGGAAGACCAGUUUCAACUCAGUUUGCUGGCAGCAAUGGGCAACACACAACGAAAAGAAGCUUCUGACCCAUUGGCAUCCAAACUCAACAAGGUAACCCAGCUGACGGGUUUCUCUGAUCCAGUGUACGCUGAAGCCUAUGUCCAUGUUAAUCAGUACGAUAUUGUUCUUGACGUCCUCGUAGUAAAUCAGACCAGCGAUACACUUCAGAACUGCACCCUGGAAUUAGCCACGCUGGGUGACCUUAAACUGGUGGAGAAGCCCUCACCUCUGACUCUUGCUCCUCACGAUUUUGCUAAUAUUAAGGCCAACGUAAAAGUAGCUUCGACAGAAAAUGGCAUCAUCUUCGGUAACAUCGUAUACGACGUGUCUGGAGCAGCCAGUGACAGGAACUGUGUGGUACUGAGCGACAUUCACAUUGACAUCAUGGAUUAUAUCCAGCCUGCCUCUUGUACUGAUGCCGAGUUCCGCCAGAUGUGGGCAGAGUUUGAAUGGGAGAACAAGGUCACAGUGAACACAAACAUCAUUGACCUGAAUGAAUACCUGCAGCACAUUCUUAAAUCCACCAAUAUGAAGUGCCUAACUCCAGAGAAGGCCCUUUCUGGUUACUGUGGCUUCAUGGCUGCCAACCUUUAUGCCCGAUCCAUAUUUGGAGAAGAUGCUCUUGCGAAUGUCAGCAUAGAAAAGCCAGUUCACCUCGGACCAGAUGCUCCGGUGUCUGGUCACAUACGCAUUCGGGCAAAAAGUCAGGGAAUGGCUCUUAGCCUGGGGGACAAGAUCAAUCUAUCCCAGAAGAAAACAAAAGGCUAGAUUUUCAGAACAGAAGCAUCUCUCCAUUAGCUUGAAGUAAUGUGUUCUGCUUAUUCCUGUUAUCUCUAUAUUUGCCUAUACACAGAAGAUCAGAGACUGUCUUUUAUCCUGAGUAUGUUGAAAAGAGCUAGCAGUUUUAUGGCGCUUUUCAUGAAAUCAAGUUUCCAUUAUAUAUUUGAAGAAUUAUAGAUUUUCCUUUUGUCUCUUUCGUGUCUUACACCUGAUGUGUACAGGCUGUCUCUUGUUUUACACAGAGGUUUCUUAAUUAUAAUAAAGAUUACCAAGUUCCACAA